AUGGGCGUUGAGCCAAACAAAGACUUUGUGAUACAGAGGAAUUCGCUCGCAGCGAUCCGAUACUUUUUCCAAAACUUCUUCGCUGGUCGAGCGCGGCUCGAUCUUUUCGGUUUUACUUUCACUCCUGACAGCAAGCAAUAUAAAUACGCGACGGCAGAUUUGAUGCAGUUCAUCACACUUGCGAACAUGACGGGUUGCGCCGUUGGAACUAUCAAUAAAAUGCACUGUGCUAUGGAUAAUGUUGCUCAGGCUAUGUCAAAGGCUAUUCGGGAUAAUGCCUCGCCUUCAAACGUCACUACUGCUGGACAGGCAAUGUCCGCCAGGACACACAUUUCCAUUCAUUGGCAGGGGAUCAUUCUUCUGGUGUUGGUGUGGCUGUUAGGCCUUGUCACGUUGAUAGGCACUGUUUGGAAGACCCGCACAGCUAGGAUUCCCACUUGGAAGAAUGAGACGAUGCCGCUCUUAUCUUUAUAUAGGAAUGGUCAGAAUGAGAAGCCAGAGAGUGAUCAAGUGAUGAAGAACGAGAUGGUGAUGUUAUAUCAAAGUGAAGGCAAAAUGGUGCUGUCUGGUUAG